AUGGGCGCUCUUUGUGCAAUUGUUUUAGUUUUUGGCUUUUUUGCGGUGUGUCAGUCUACCAUAAGGUUGAGGAAAUAUAUUGCAAAACCUGAAAUGGAUGAUUAUAAAUCAGAUGACGAACUUGUAGGAGAACACAAAUCUACAUCAGUUAGAGAGUGUGCAGCGCGCUGUCAAACAGAGUGUAGUUUCUAUGGGUUUAAUCCCCAGAUGAAGAAAUGUCGUACCCACAAGAAGAUUUUCAAGUCGGGAAUGUCUAAUGAGGGUGGCUGGAGAUACUACACACCUGACUAUAUACUCAGAGACUGUAAGGAUAUACAGACAGAUGGAUACUUUAAUACAGGGGUGUAUGAAAUCUAUCCCUAUGGAACCAGUACAAGGCCUGUCACUGUUUUCUGUGACAUGACGACAAUGGGCGGGGGAUGGACGGUAGGAACUGGACAGUAUAAAAAAGGAUUUGGUUCACCGGAACAGGAUGUCUGGGUUGGAAAUGACAUAAUCCAUCAAUUUACAAAAGAAGAGACCGCUUCCCUUUAUGUGUCCAUUACUCUUGGGAAUGGGACAACUCUGUAUGAAAUGUACGGCGGAUUCUCUGUCUCCGAUGAAGCAGGGAAAUACAAACUCUUUCUUGCAGGACCUGCCACGGGAACCUUAGGUGACAGUAUGCUCAAUACCGGCUAUGCUGGGGCCGAUCUGUCCGGGAUGUACUUUAGUACCCCAGAGAGAGAUAACGACGGGUCCAGUAAAAACUGUGCUGCUCUCAGUAACCAUAGAGGAGGCUGGUGGUUUAACAACUGUAACUGGGCCUUCCUCAACGGUCAGUUGUAUCCAACAAUCUCCUACUGUAAAUGGUGUUAUACAUUAGAGAUUGGGGCAUCGAUAAGGGAGACAAUGAUGAUGAUAAGACGUCACUAG